AUGGCGUCGCCUUGGUCUUAUCGAGCUGGCGCGGGACGUUACUCGUUAGUACCAGCCCUUAUGCUGCUCGUGAUGUAUAGCUUCGCGUCGCAGCACCAGCCACGAGCCACUGCGUUCUCUCUCAGGGUAGCGUCUCCGUUCCGCACUCGCACGCACGAGGAAGAUGAUCGAUCCGCGUCGCCGGCGAUCGCGCGACGAAAGCUCGCGUCGUCGCUGCCGUGCACGAACUCGUCGCUCUUCGGCUACGCUUACGCCGUGCAACUCGGCGACGGUCUCAUUCUCCACUGGAAGCCCCAGGUCGGCCGCGUGACAGACAUGGCCUUACAGGCGGUGGCUUUAUCAGGCGCGCAGAAGGGGUGGAUCUCCGUGGGGUGGUCGGGCGACGGCCGCAUGUCGCGCAGCGACGCGGUGGUGGGGAAUGUGGCGGGAUACCCCAGCAACAUCGUUGCGCUGUACCUGGCGGGGCGAAACUUCGCGGAUGUGAAGCCUGCUGGAUACGACCUGGGCAGGACGGUUCUGGAGCAGGGCUCUACUGGCUCGUUUGUCAUCAAGUUCUCCCGGCGGGUGGACGAUGGUACAGUUCGGUUUGACCCCACAGGCGCCAACACGCUCAUCUGGGCAUACUCCGCCGAUCCUGGAUCAACAGAGCUCGGCUUCCACGGGGGAAACAAGUAUGUGCUGUGCUGUGCUGUGCGGUGCUGUGCUGUGCGGUAG